UUCAUAUGUUAACCAGCAGGACAGGUCAUGGAUUUCGCCUUUCUUUUAUGAGAUAUUUGCCAAUUUCAUAUUGUUCUCAUUCUCCAGGGAAUUUAUUUCUCUCUGGGUCCCAGCUAUCUUCUCGUAAGCCCAACUCCAGUUCGGCAAACUGUGAAGCCACCAGAAAGUGUGUGGGUGUUUUGUUUAUGGUGUGGUGUGUAGAUCCACCGAUAGAGAUUAGUUAUGUUUAUCGCGCAUCGAGGAAAUUCUGUGACUGCAGAUUGUGGCAGGUGGUUCUCUUCUGCAUACGCUCGCAACCAGCCAUUUGAGCAACUCUUUCGGUCCAGGUGCAUAAGGCCAACUCCGAGGUUGAGAGCAAGGUUGUGAAUAUUGUGAUGAGGGGAGGCAUCGAAAACUAAAAGACUAAAUAUCGGUCUGAUUUUUUGGCUCGAAACAUUCUUAUUGUGCUUUCGUUCGUAAUUACCUCUUCAACUGCAAUGGACUCAAAGUAUAACAAUGUGGUUGGGUUGGAGGACAUGAAAGGAUGUAUGCCUCCACCCUGGGAUUCUCCGGAUAUGACGGCAUCCGAAAGAGAAUGUAAGAACACCUUCUCCUUGUCCGAAAAGAUUGAUCUGCAAGUCAUCAGAGGCCGAGAGGGACAUUUGAUGUCAAGGGAGAAUGUAUUCGAUUUAGGAGAUCUAGACAGAGUUUAUGUAGGUCUUCUUUUCCCUUUCGGAACUUUCGGUCCUGUUCCUGAAGGCUAAUCCUCGAAGCGAUCCGACGAUACAUUUCAGAUCUUCUAUAUUGGUCGUAAAAAUUCGCAUACUCGACUCAAGAUCUCACGGACAUUUUUUCGGCAAAUUCUUCUGACUUAUAAUGUCUUCGAUCGCAUAUGGGAUUUUAUGCUCCCGUUCGGUUUCCGAACUCGAGACUCGGAUAUUGAACAUGCACCGAUUCGUUUUCAUCAGUCAAUGCCUGUCCUACUAAGACCUAAAAAGAAGCUUGGAGAUUUUGGUAUGCCGUUUUUAUUUCGGAAAAUCUAACUUCUAAUAUACCAUAGAAUGUGCUUACAACAUUCAAUAUGUUGAGUUGAACCAUCGAAACAUAGGAGCUACCAAUAACCCAGGCUACGAUCAAUGGUCUAUCAGACAGACAGCCGUGUAUCAACAAUACAAUCACGCACUUGACAAAUAA